GCGGGGCUGGUGAGCAGCCGAAUCCAAGCCGCACUCAGUGUAUAACCUCCGCUCCCGGCCCUUUCCCAAGGGAAGACUCUCUGCUGUGCCAGCCCUGCCCAGCAGGUCACUUCUGUCCUGAUGGCCUUGCAGUCCCUCCAUGCCCAGCAGGGAGUUUCAAGCCCAAAGAGGAGCUUCACCCCCCCAGCAGCAGCAGCUCCUCAUGCUUGCCAGGACUUGGGUUGUGCUGGAAGUGCCCUGCUGGGUAUUUCUGUCCUGCUGGAGCAAGUCACCCAGUGCCGUGCCAGCCAGGCACACACAACCCUCUGCAAGGCCAGGAUGAAGCCACUGACUGCAGAGCCUGCCCAGCAGGGAGAGCUUGUACCCAGGCUGGCUUAGCCCAGCCUGAUGCUGAGUGCUUACCGGGGUACGUGUGCCCAGCAGGGUCAUCCAGCCCUCAUUCUCCCAGCAACGCCUGUCCUCCAGGAACAGUCGGCAAUGAUUUCAACCUCUUUGAGAAGUCCCAAUGCGAAACGUGCCCAGCUGGAUUUGCCUGUGGGAGAGGAACAGGGGGGAAGCAGAAGCCCCCCACUCCAUGCCCAGCUGGUCACUACUGCCCACCAGGCACCAAGCACCCAACGCAGCACAAGUGUGCCCCGGGCACCUGGAGCAACAGGACAAGCCUGACCUCAGCGGAGGAGUGCUCCCCAUGCCCUGCAGGCUGGUUUUGCUUCGGAGGAGCCCGUUCUCCUACUGGGAUGUGCAGCUCAGGGCACUACUGCCCUCAGGGUACACAGAGGGGCACACAGUACCCCUGCCCUGCAGGAACCUAUGCCACCAGGCUGGGAAAUGGGAGAGUGGAAGACUGUGCUGCCUGCCCCCCAGGAGCUUUCUGCACCAGUGGGACCUCCAAGCCAGCUCUGUGCCCAGUAGGAACCUAUCGCAUAGAACAUGGUGCAGAAGUGGCUGCAGACUGCACCCCUUGUCCUGGAGGGUAUUACUGCCCUGAGCUGGGCACUGUAUCUCCUCAACCCUGUGGUGCUGGCAACUUCUCAGACCAAGGUUCAGCCUCCUGCUUCCCAUGCCUGGUGGGACAUUACUGUGCUGGAGAGCACACCAGCUGGGAGGUGAUGCUCCUAGCCAUGUGCCCAGCGGGUCUCCUGUGCCCACAAGGACAGGCUGCUGUUCCAGACACCAGUGCAAAUGCCUGCCCAAGAGGAUACUACUGUCCCCAGGGAGACACUGGUAAGCCUUGUCCCAAUGGGACCUAUGGUGAGCAGAUGGGUCUAAGCAGUGUUGCCGAAUGCUUGCCCUGUCCCAUGGGGAAGUACUGCUACAGAGAUGGGAUUGAGCCUCCAGGAAUUCCCAAUCCUACAGGGGAUUGCCCACCUGGCUAUCACUGCCCUCCGGGGACUGGGUUCCCUUUCUCCUUCCCCUGUAUGCCAGGCUUCUUCUGGGAUAAUUCCAGCACAGAGGGUGAAGACCCUUGCACACCGUGUCCACCUGGGUACUACUGUGACUCUCCUGCCAUGCCAGAGCCCAAAGCUUGCCCAGCAGGCUUUUACUGUGUGGAAGGCAGCUCUAAACCUGAAGCCUGCCCUGAGGGGACAUACAGUGGCAAGAAGGGGCUAUCUGGACCCUCGAAGUGCAGUCCGUGUACCCGUGGGUUCUACUGUGCUGCUCCAGGGCAGACUGGGCCAAGUGGUCCCUGUGAGGCUGGAUUCUACUGCCAGGGCAGAGCCCUCACUCCACUGCCCACAGAUGGUGUGACAGGAGACGUGUGUCCUGCUGGGGCUUACUGCCCACCUGGCUGUGCCUCACCCAUCCCCUGUCCUGCAGGCACUUACAGCAACCUCAGUGGGUUGAGGAGCCUCCAGGAGUGCUUGGACUGCCCCCCUGGGUGA